GACCGGAAGUUGCGCUCCUGAACUGUAGCUUGAAGCUAGUUUUAAGAAGUGAGUAGACAGGGGUGAUUGCAGCAACUCGUAAGGGAAUUUAUCACUGUUUUUUUCAACUAAAUAAAGGGUAAAAGAGUGAACAUUUCCUCUGACUACUCGGACACAGUUGUCAUCUCUCGAAUAAAACCUGUUGUCGUCAAACUUUGGCGUGGGAGAAGACGAGCAGAGUUCAAACUGAAUGGCUGAGGGCUCCUCAGGUAAUGUUGACUUAUGGCGUGUAAAUAACUUCUCUGUGACAUGUGCUUGGCCCUCUGUGCGACACUCAGGAACUGUCAUUUGGGGGGAUUUAGGUUAGCUGGGUCUUUUGGCUGCUAAUGCCCGCUUACGCAAUAUUCAAUCUGCUAAUGUGGUCAGUUAGCCUGCAGGAGCUAACACAAGCUAACGUGAACUUUAAUCUAACAUUAAUUUACUGACACGGUAACUGGGAUAUUGUGUGAACAUUUCACCUCGAACUUUAGCAUUUAAAACUUAAGGUGUAAUGGCUUUAUGUUGCUGACGGAAAUGUGUCGCUGAACUUUAAAGCUAAUACAUUAUAUUACACCGGAGUUGAAUUACGUCACACAACAGUAAGGUAUUGACGGCGUAACUUACGCGUCAGCACGCCGUUAACGCCUGCUAUUUAACAUCCAAAAGAUAGACUUUAUAUUCAUUCAUAGAUAUAUGACGGCGUAACUUACGCGUCAGCACGUCCCAAAGCUAGACAUUAGCAUUUAUUUAUACAUAAAUGAUAGAUUUCUAAAAAACCAAAAGUAUGAAAUGGUGCUAAUUUCUCCAUAUUUGCUAAUUUUUUAAAUAAUGUUCAUUGUCUGUAUUAUAAGUAGAUAAUAUAACCAAAACAUGUUAUUUUGCUGUAUUUUUGUUAUGACUUCAGCUGUAAUGCAAUUGAAGGGCAAUAUUUUAAACCUUCUAAGGUUUACGAAGUAGGAGUUUGUCCAAAGUCACAAUUUUGAAGCACAGUGGGGAGCAAUAGGAAUAUUCUGCGUUAUCAAAUCAAAUUAUUUUGUGGGGUCAAACACAUGUAACACCGAGUUAGACAUCCCCUCGAGAGAUGAAUGUUGCAGACCGCUUGCUUCUCUAGUUAUACCAACUUUAGUAGCAAUACACAGUGGUUUGAGGAGCCAUAAACAAACCUCAACCAAAACACCACUCUAUAGCCACAAAUUAUGCUCAGAACAGCACCUAACUUCAUCAACAGUACAUAUAGGGUCCCAGCCAUAGCACUAGCCACCAAACAUCUUAUUAACUUUGCCUAAUUUCUUUAGCAAAGAGACUAAACACAACUCACCUACUCUCUUCCAGCAGCCGCUCGUUUGUAGCGAGACCUUAGGCCAGUCCAUUACAGACUGCAGCGGGGUGACGCAGCUUAAGGAAGAACAUUUAUGAUCGUAAUAUUAUGAAAAUGCAAUCAGACCGAGACUCUAAGGCAGAAGAACUACCACAUCUGCAGUGCAAAAUUGGUUGUCUAACUCUGUGUUAUGGUGUGUUUGACCCUAAAUUAAUUUCACGCUGGAAUAUCCCUUUAAGUUUGAAACACUCCCUCACUCAACUCUCCUGUUGGUGAGGCAAUGGUGGCCUUUGAGGAUAAGAAAUCUCCUAUAUCAACCAAAAGAGAUUUUUUACAAGCAAUCCAUAAAGUAAUUUCAACUAAACUAGACUAUAAUCAAAAAUAGAAAUCACGUCAUCUCAGAUAUUUAUGACAAAAUCUACCCAAGAAGACUUCUGCUGCAGAUUUCCAGGAAAAAUUAUUGUGGAUAUGAAGACUGAGGUUUGGGGUAUCUGAGAGUAAAGUCCAAUACACACAAACAAUAAUUGACAGGUGAACCAGAGGUGAAAAAAGCUGAGUCACUGUUAUUGCUCUGUCUCCUUUUAAGCACAUGACCUGUAGUUACGUUAAAUGGAACUCACAGUUUCAGGCGUUUAAUGCUGUUAUUUCUAUUUGCAGAUCCCCCUGACUUCAACCCAGAUGAGGUGUCACAUAAAAAACCCCAUCAGCACAAACCCAGAAGAGGCCGGCCUAGACACAACAACGACAGAAACCUGAGUAGUAGUAACAGUUAUGAUCCUUCUCAGCAGUAUGGACACUUUCAUGAGAGCUCAUUUGGUCAUGAUUAUUCAAACUAUGGAUUUCAUCAGCACCCUCCCUACCAAGGAGAGGAUGGAUUUAGGAGAGGGGGUAGGGGUAGAGGGAGGAGAGAAGGGAAUAGAGGAGUAAAUGGGAAUUAUGGGGGGCCCGGCUCAUGGAGGCAAAGGCCUGGAAGUGACAUUGGCCCCAGCAGAGGAGUUGGGGGUCACUCAGGAGGACAUCCCAUGGAUGGACCUGAUGGACCCAACUGGCGCAGAGAAGAUACAGGUAGGAAUGUGGAGCAUAGUAAUGAAGAUCAGGCUAAAAGACCGAGGAAGUUUAACCAGGAGCCAAGGAAAGGACAACAGAAUGGAAGAGGUCCUCACUUCAGGGAAAGCAAUAAUGCAGCAGGAGGAGGUAGACGGUCAAAUGACACAGAGGGAGGAAACCCUCCUUUGGAGAUCAGGGAAAGAGCCCAGAGGAGCAGCAGGACUGGUCCAGACUCCCAGCAUGAUGAUCAUCAGAGGCAAACAGAAGUGAAGAAACGGCAAGGACCGAUCAAGCCUCCAAAACCACUAAUGCAGGAGGAAACAGAAGCUGAGAGGAGGGAGGGCAGUCAAGAAGACUCAGGCCAUGGUAGACCAUCUGUAGAACCCAAAUCCGGACUAGGUUCAGGCAGACACACGUUUCCUCAGGCCAGAGGGGGGAGAAGAACGAGUCAUCAAAACCACAGACCGCCUCAGAGGAACUGGAAUAGAGCACCGGAGAGUAAGGAGACACAGACAGGUUAGACCGCAACUCUAAUUAAUAUAAAGAAUAAUCUCUACUUGCUUUCAGGUCCUCUUUAUUUAAACUUUUCUGGAGGAGAGUCCUCACGAGUCAAGGUCCAAAGUUUGACAUUCACUUCCUCUUUAAAGCUCCAGUACUGACCUCAGGAUUAGUCACUCAGCCACUUUUGACAUUUCCCAUCAUUAUUUGGUGUUUGUAUCAAACAUAUUUGCUCACAAUCAAAAAUACAAUAUCUUUACAAGAUCGAUGUCACUUCAGCUCUACCUGUUUGCUGUUAAAUUAUGAGAAACAUUUUAAUCAUGUUCUGUCACCUUCUAUACAUUGUUAUUCUUUCUGGGAUCUUGGGGUUAAAGAUGUUAACUGUGGAUGAUUAGUCUGAAUGACUUUGACUGCUCCUCUCCACAGGGUGUCUCAUUGAGCAGCUGUCCGAGGAGAAGUACGAGUGCAUGGUCUGCUGCGACAUCAUCCGGCUCAUGGCCCCGGUGUGGAGCUGCCAGAGCUGCUACCACGUCUUCCACCUGAACUGCAUCAAGAAAUGGGCUCGAUCUCCGGCCUCUCAGGCAGACGGUAAAAACCUCGACCAGAAUAAAUCAGUGAAUGUAACUGAACGUUGAGCAGCUGGAUCCACACUGCGGACAGUGUGACAGGAGAACAAUAAAUACUAUUGUGGAUAGACAAUACCGAGUCAGUGUGAGGCUCCAUUAACAAAGGCUUUGCUGCACCAACAGUGUGUUGUGAUUCAUCUCUGUUGUUCUCUUUGGAGUGAGUGUAUUAAAAACUGUUUUUAUACUAAAAUACUGCUGUCUGUAGAUUCAGCGGAAGGUUGGCGUUGUCCAGCCUGCCAAAACGUUGCUCUGAAACCACCAACCUCCUACACCUGCUUCUGUGGUGAGUGACUGUUUGAUUAUAAAACAUAUUUAAGAAUUAAUGAUUGACCUAUAUUUUAUAUGAGGUUAGGUAACCGAAUAAGUAGUCUUUAAUAAGAAUUUGAUCUUUUUUUUCUGGACCAUCAGUGGAUAACAUGUGGAAAUACUCUUUUUUUUAAUUCUGAUUUUGAUCUGCAGGUAAAGUGACAAACCCGGAGUGGCAGCGCAGCGAGAUUCCUCACAGCUGUGGUGACAUGUGCGGGAAGAAAAGGAGUGGCGUGGAUUGCAACCACCCCUGUAAUAUGUGAGUUUUAAAGACCUGGAACUUUUUUUAAAAAUGACUUUAAAGCGUUGUUUUUAGAGACAACUUAUCGGGUAGAUCUGUUACACCCUCCAGGAUACCACAUUGCUCAUCUUAAUAUCUGUAUGAAUUACCCAAGUUUGUAAUGGAUCGAAUUUGUCACAUUAACACAAACUAAAGGCAUUUCACUGGAGCUUAACCCUUAAAACUAGUGGUAAUGUUCCUGUAAAAUAUGAGCAGAACAUCAACAAAAAUUACAUAAUUUUGUCCCAUUUUUAGUGUCCUUAAAUGUCAUGAAUCUCAGUUAUUGUAUUUUGAUCUAAACUUUCUGUCUCUCCUCAGAUUAUGUCACCCUGGACCGUGUCCACAGUGUCCUGCUUUUGUAACAAAAUCCUGCAUCUGUGGGAAGACCAGGUAUAUUUUUGUCAUGUUCAAGUUUCUAUCUGUGAAUCCAAUGUACAACCCCAAAUCCAAAAACAUAACAACAAAUCAUUUAAACUCUUGGAAACACUUCAAAGGCAACAUGACAAAUGUUAACACUGAGUUUUAUUUUGUUUUUUUAACUCACAAGAGACAUGUGCGUGUAUUAAAUUUGGUACCAAUACAUCAAAAAAGUUUGGACAGGAACAACCAAACCCUCUCCCAAUUGAUUAGAUUGAUUUGAUAUAAAAAUGGAGAGAGGUUCAACACACUAUGUGACAAAGAAGUUAAACGAUUAAAAACUGUCCUGUGGUCUGGUAAAUUCAGCAAGAUGAUGCCAAACCACAUUCUGCACAUAAUAUCACAGCAUGGCUCAGAAGUUGGAUGUUAAACUGUCCUGCUUAUCGACUUGAUUUAUCACCAUCACAUUCUGUCUUAAUAACAGUGUCCUAACGUUUUCAGAAUUGAGGUUGUAUGUAUACUAUCUUUGCUAUUGUGUGUUUGUGAAGUGGCUGUUCUCUGUCAUACCUUUUCAGUCAGCCGAUGCGCUGUGGUCAGGGUACAGUGCUGCAGUGUGACAAGGUGUGUGGUGCCUCACUAAACUGUGCUGAACACUCAUGCGCCCAGGUGUGUCACAGUGGGGCGUGUCCGCCUUGCCAGCUGCAGGUUCAGCAGGGUAAGUGUUUGUACACUGACACUCCUCUUUAGGAUUAACUGAGAGUCUCUAAAGCUUUAAUCCUCUGACGCUGUUUUUUGUGCCAUCAGUGUGCUACUGCAGCGUUACAACUCGACAAGUCCUGUGCGGCACAGAUAAAGAAGGGUUUGACGGUUCGGGGCAUUUCUCUUGUCAGAAAAUAUGUGGAAAGUAAGUCAACGAUUCAUCCGUUAAGGAUUUUGUUUCAGUUUCCAAUCAAAGUCUGACACUUUUGUUUCCUUAAGGAUGUUAAACUGCCAAGCUCACCGCUGCCAGCAGCUGUGCCACCGCGGCCCGUGUCAGCCGUGUCCCCGCUCUCCGCGUCUGGUGAAGACGUGUCCCUGUGGUCAGACACUGCUGAGCAAAUUGCUGGAGCUGGGCUACGCUGAGCGACGGACCUGCUCUGAUGCAAUACCAUCUUGUGGGAAGACAUGCAACCAACCUCUGGCCUGUGGCUCCAGCGGUAAGGAAGAAAAACAACAUCUUAAUGCUCUGCUGUAAGAAAAACGAUGAAAGUUAAAAGAAAGAUACAGCAUUGGCUAAAUGUUGUGUUUAAUUUCUCUAACAUUUCUGCCAGAAAAUUAGACAAUUUAACUGUUUUAUUUAGUAAUUUUAGACAUUUUUUAUGAUGAUCUUGCAGGUGAUAUUUACCCUGUUUGUCAGAUAUAUUCAAUAAACUUGUUCUGUUUCAGACACCAUCCAUCUGUGUGAGAACUUGUGCCAUGAGGGCAGCUGUGGGCCGUGCUCCCUGACCUCGACUAUCAGAUGCAGAUGCGGCUCAAAGAUGCAGGUACAAAGAGAAAACAUGUAGAGAAUUUGUCUGCAGAUUAUACAUUGUCAAAAGGGAUUUACAACAUAUUUUUGUUUUGCAGGAAGUCCCAUGUGCAACAAUCCAGAAAGAGGGUAAGAUUUAAAUCUGAUUGAAUUGAGUAAACGAGAUCAGUGCCUUUGUUUUGUGUCGUUUUAAAUGCGUCUCUUUAUGUUUUAGAGGAGCUUGUUUUCACCUGUGAGAGGCGCUGCAACAAGAAACGCUCCUGUGGCCGACACAAGUGUGGUGAACUUUGCUGUGUGGUGAGUAUUUUACUGAUUCUCUGCCAAUCUCAUGGUGCAUGUACCAACCUAAAACAUUAAUUUUAAAGUAGAAAAAAGCUGCAGCUGUGGUGGUGUUGUAAUUAAAAGAGAUUAAACGUAGCGCACUCUCACCCAUCGUGAAAAAGUACAAUAACACUUGGAAAAUUGUCCUCCAGAGUGUGGAGCACAAGUGUCUCCUGAUCUGCGGAUACAAGCUCAACUGUGGCCUCCACCGCUGCCAGGAGCCCUGUCACCGUGGCAACUGUGAGCCCUGCUGGCAGUCUAGUGAGUGCAACAGCCAAGUCUCAGAAGUCCCACACAGUUACUAUGCUAAACUUUUCCAACAUUUCUGUGUCAUUUUUUUCUUCUUCUGUGGUAUUAUUUUUAGUGUUAACAUCUCGGUUUCUCUUCUGUUUGCAGGUUUUGACGAGUUGACGUGUCACUGUGGGCUCACUGUCUUGUACCCUCCCAUCCCCUGUGGCACAAAACCACCAGAGUGCAAAAGCAUGUGCACAAGAAGACACGAGUGUGAUCAUCCAGGUGAAAGACUAAAACAUGAUUAUUACUUUAAUAACAUUCAAGAAAGGGUUUCGCGCUGAUAUUUAUCUCCUGUUUAGUGUUUCACAACUGCCACAGUGAGGAGAAGUGUCCACCUUGCACUUACCUCACUCAGAAAUGGUGCAUGGGAAAUCAUGAGGUAACUUCCACUGAGAUAAAACGUCUAAUUUUCCUCUUUUUUGUUUCUAUUUUCUAACAAAGCUUAUUUUCUUCUGGCCCGCAGCAACGGAGCAACAUCCCCUGUCACCUGCAGGACAUCUCCUGCGGCCUGACGUGUAAUAAAAUGCUGCCGUGUGAAAUGCACCGCUGCAGGCGGAUCUGCCACCGCGGCGAGUGUCUGCCAGACGGUAACUGCCAGCAGCCCUGCGUGCUGCCUCGUCCGGACUGCUCCCACCCGUGCUCCGCUCCCUGUCAUAAAGGAGACAGCUGCCCUCGCACCACCUGCACCGCCAAGGUACAAAACACCGCGAAUGAGAACAGCUGGACUUUAAGUAGCUGAAAUAUGGGUAACAACAUUUGCGCAGAUGGUCUUUGUUGCAUCUUGUUAACCAAUCAUCCUCUUUUUUACGCCCCGUCUCCUAAAUAAUGAAGGUUAUGCUCAACAGUGUACGAAUAUAUUCUCUCUAAUUAUUUAUUCUGGGUACACUCUGGCUUCAAGCAGCUGAUGAAAUCUGCUGUAAUAGCCUCAUAAAUACCAGACCUGGAUAGAUUAUUAACAUACAAAUAAGAGCUCUCAGUAAGUGAUAGAAUCUUAUGCAAACUCAGAGCUCUAAUUUGUUGUUCACAGGUGGCUCUGCAGUGCGAUUGCGGUCGAAGAAAAGAAACAGUGGUCUGCAUAGAGGCAGCCAGCUCAUAUCAGAGGUGAGUUGAACUUCUUUUGUAUGAGACGUUUUCGAGUUUUAAAAGAGUAGUACAAAUGUCGCUUCAUGUCUGCACUUUAGGUAUGCAGCUAUCGCCAUGGCCAGCAAGCUGUCUGACAUGCAGCUGGGCGACUCUAUGGACAUCGGCCCGCUGCUCACGAAGAAGGAGAUUAAACAAACCAGGUAGAGAAACUUGAUCAUUUUCCUGCACCAAAAUGUAGAAGAAGAGGUGGUACUAUUCAGUUAGUUUAAUCACUGAAACCUUUAAAAUCCAUCUGCUCAAAAAUGGAUUUUUCUGUGGAUCAAUCAAUCAAAGAGAGGCAGGUUUAUCAAUUCGCUAGAUCUAUCAGCUUCUCCGGAUGAAUCUCAGUAUUCACAGUUACAAAAAAUGAAGUGUGAAUCCAGCGUGUUUUGCUUCCUCCAGACUUGAAUGUGAUGAAGAGUGCGCUACUCUGGAGAGAAACAGGCGCCUGGCAGAGGCGCUGCAGAUCGACUCAUCCUCCGACCCCUUCCACGUCCGCUCUACCUCCAUAUACAGCGACAGCCUCAAAGAGGACGCCAGGUCUGUCUCUUUCACAGUCCCUGUUUUAAUCACAGUGUCUGGUUCAUUUUGCCCCUGCUGUGUGUACCCCCAACUAAACAAAUCUACUCUUCUAUUACAGAAAAGACCCAAAGUUUGUCAACGAAGUGGAAGAGGAGCUCAAGAAUCUCAUAGAGCUGGUUAAUAAGGUAAGAUGGGGGCCUGUGAUGUAGCGCUCCCUCUGGUGGCUGAGUCGUUAUUGGGCAACAAUGACUGAGGAGAAACUGACAAAAUAGGUUUUGUUUGCAGUUAGUCGUACUGUUUGGACUCCUAAACACUCAUAAACUACUAAAAGUUUCUGAUACUGAAAACACUCAGAGGUAGAGUUAGAAAAACAGCAACACUUAGGUCGAAAUGACAACAAGAUGCACCUAAAUGAAUAAAAUGUUACUUAAAAACUGCAGUGUGUUUGAAGGAAGUGCUGCAUCCUCUACACUGAAAGAUUACUCCUAACAGUCUUCUCCAUAUGAAAGGUUUUGGUGCAUGCUAUUGAUGUUCAUUGUUCACUUAAAGGGAGAAAACUCUCUGCUGAAUAAGCUGAGUCAGUCGAUGAAUUGAUCGCUCCAGCCGUGAUCAAAAUAGCUACUGGCGAAAUUCCCUUUGUUUUAUUGUAUUAGUUUUUCCUUCAAAUAAUAAAACCGUAAAUCUCUCUAGAAAUAUCAGGAUUUGGUGCUUUCAGAGACAAAUUAUGAUGAUAAAUGGAUCUGAAGGGUUUUUGACUUUUAACACACAAAAAAGAAUUGAAAAAGUCAGUUUGGGUUAAAUUAGAGUUAACCAUCUCCCACUGUGUUUUUUCACUGUAGGCCUAAUGUCUGGUGUGGAAACAAUUAGUAUAUUAGCUGUCAACUAUUGAUUUACUCAUUAACUAUUUUGGUUAUGGUUAUAAUUUGUUUAAUUUCCUCAGUUUUAGUGUUUUUGAUGUGGAUCGUUUCUUGUUUAUUUACUCAUCUGUGACAGUGAACCCCGAGUUUGGGAAUGGUAGUGGUUAAUCUUAGGAUCAGAAGACACAAUUUCAUCUCUCACCAAGUUCUGACAUCUCAAAUUAAAAAACUGAUUACUCCAUAAGGAAAAUAAAUGACCAAGAAGGGUCAUUUAUAAGGGUAAAGCUUGGUUUUAGCUUUACUUUAACGAUGAUCUUCAACAUGCCGUCAUUUCCCUUCUAUUUCCAUAAUAACCAUAAAAAUGAAGUAUGAUAUUCUUUAAAUUUCACUCAGUUUUCAUCAUGGAGAGUAAAAUAAAACCACAAAGCUAUCACAGAUACUUCACAUCUUUCCUCCAUUGUUUACGCUUGCUUCAGCUGCGUACAGCAGUAUUCUGCAGGGAAAAAAAGCUCCCUAAUCAGAUAUUAAUGAGUAAUUUUACACCACAACUCACUCCUUUAUUUUAUUAUUUUCUGACCCACUUGUUUCGUGUUCAGCUGUUUUUGAGCUUGGUCGUCUCUCCAGCAGAUCUGCAGUACAGAACCAGCUGUCUGCCCGUCUGCUGUGGAUCUAACAGGACAGAACUGCCUCUGUAGUAAUAUUCUCAGACCCAGACGAAACAAGUUAAUCAUUAGAAACCUCGAGAGACACUUGGAGAAAUAGCCUCUGUGUUUCUUUACUUCCAGCUGUGCCUGAUGUUUUGUUCCAUCAGGAGUGAGGCUGCCAAGGUCACUGUCUCCUGAUGUAAAGUAGUUUAUAUCAGCCGCUGAAUCUCUCCUUUUGAACAAUGAAUCAUGGCCUCUCGAGUCUGCUUAUGAAAGGUUUUAUCACAUUUUCUCAUGUCUGAGACUUCCUGCGUUCUGUGCAGCCUCUCUUGACUUCUUUUUCUCCUCUUCUCUUCGUGUGUGGGCCUGUACCUGCCCAAAACUGAGGUUAUUAAAUCUUUUCUCUGUUGAUAUUUUGCUGUAAUAAUUUCUAGCCAGAGCCUGGCAGAAAAAAAAGUGGACCCUUUUGGUGCCAGUUUUUGUUUUCCCAACCUCUUUCCUCUUAAAAAGUGCACUGUAAAAAGACCACACACACACUGUACAUGGUUAAAAUUAUCUUUAUACCCAAAGACUGUUAAAAAACAUUUACAUAACCACCCACUGGGUAGAGGAGCACCUUCUUGAGGCCUUCAGUAUGGUGUCUGACCAUUGCCAUCUUUAUCAUCUCAUUUUUAUGUGAGGGUGAAGCUGUAGAGUUGAAAGAUGAGCAAACAUUAAGCUAGCACGGUUAUAAAAAACGAGUAACGCUCAGGGAUCAUUAGCUAAUGGGUCCAAAAGGAGGUGAGCCUUAAAGGGACAGUAACUGAAAUCCUCUGGGUGAGACAAAGGUUGAGCUGAGGGGUGUCACUAACACCAGGGUGAGAUGAGGAGGGCUUAAGGAAACUGAGAUGAGCAUGAUAUUGCCAUUUCAAGAUGGUUUGUUGUCAUUUCAGAGUGUGUAAGGAGAAGAACAGGAGCAAAAGUAGACACUCAGAUCCUUGUUGAAGGAAAUCAGUCGUAUAAAAGUGCAAUAAUAUGUGAUAAGAUAACUAAGUAAGAGUAUUAUGGUUAAAAUGUGACUAGGAUAUGAGUAAAAGGAGGACCAAAGAACAGCCUCCAAUGUCGAAAAUGAAGUUAAAUGAGGAUGCUGCAGUUCCUUAACUGUCCACUUGAGGCUUUAUCUGAUAGCCAAAGGAACCCCAUUAGAGCUUAUAUCAAAAAGUCUAUUUAUUACCAACCAGAUUAGGCUUGUUGUAGCUGUCUGCCAGGAGUUAUAAAGGCUUCAUAUCAGCUCAAGUACACAGUUCUGUCAGCAUUUGCAUAUCAGUAUAUCAUUGUUCUUUUUAGAAACCAAUGGGUGACUUCACUGACUCGUCUCCAUGCUGUAUACAGUCUAAAGGAAGAAGUGACCUCAUUUGCACUUUCUGUAAAUUUCACAGUAGCAGCAUAAAAAGCAGAUAAUAGCAUAAAAGCAGAUGGCACAUUUAAAAAAAUAAAUACUUGAAAAACAGGCAGAAUAAAACAGUUAUGCUUAAGCUGAAAAAAUACAUGAUCUGUAUUGAGCGCGUUCCGUAUUUGCUCCAUAGAGCAGUAGUGGGUAUCGCAUACAGGAUGCACAUUUGGAGCGUAGCAGCAGCGUAGUGCAGCCCCGGUCCGCUGGGCUCAGUAUAGAGGAAACACCACGUUCGCAACAGAUUAUUUUUCCUUUCUGUGGUCUAUUUCCUGCUAACUUGGAUAUAAUUCAGUGACUGUUGAGCCUCUACUAUGUGUGAAAAAGCAACAUGUUUUUUAAGUUCCAGUUUUUGCAGGUUAAUUUGUGUUUAAUAAAGUAAACUAUGUUCCUGAAACAAUCUUCUCUGUGUGGAUUGACGCGCAUUGGGAGCGUAGAGCAGCAAAAAAUAGACUUGUCGUGUAUCUUUAGCAGCGCUGCUCUCGAUACGAUGCUGUGACAGAGCUGAUACACGUCCUGUUUGCUUUGCUGCAUUGAUCAGGAUGGCAACCUAUUAGCUGCGUGAUACGCGACGCUGCUUCCACGCCCCAAAUACGCAUCCUGUAUGUUUUAGCCGUUAGUAUCAGAUAUGGAUACAUGCAAGUCUGGACAUCUAUUUCUUGUGCCUGGUUUCCUGCAGGGAAAACAGCCAAAGAGGAGCCACUGCUUCAGACCCAUGAACCGAGACCACCGCAAGAUCAUCCACGAGCUGGCUGAGAUCUACAGCGUGGAGAGCGUGAGCUACGACAGCGAGCCCAAACGCAAUGUGGUCAUCACUGCCCAAAAGUAGGACUUCCUUCAAAAGCUAAAUCACAGAGAUACCUUUUUACGUAGAAGUCAAACAGAUUUUAAAGAUAUUCGGAUGUUCACAGGGGAAAGGCUGUCUGUCCACACUGCACCCUGACAUCACUGAUAGAGCGAGAGACGGCGGCGAGGGCUCCUCCUCCCAUCGCUCAUAUCAAACAGCACAGCAGCAAGUAAGUCUGUCCUUCAUCGUCACAUUCAACUAUAUAACCUAAAGAGCUUUUAUCCUGUGUCUUUUUUUGCCAAUUCAGGGAUUUUUACGCUUACUUUUGACUCACUGACCUCUCUCUCCUAGGCCUGCCAGUGGAAGCUGGUCCAAGGUCGUCAAAGAAGAACCUGUGAUUGAUUAUUUUGACGUCCAGGAUUGAAAUCAGGCAAAACGAAUCAGAGCUAAAACCUCAGGAUCCUUUCACAUCUACUGUACGUCUGCCAACAUUUCCCAACAACCUUUUUCGUCUGCGUUCAUGAGAGAUUAAUCAAAUAAAAUUAUGUCUGGACAUAUCUCUUGGAUGGGAUUGCCUCUGGGGAACGCCCACACUUGGUUUGUUCAAGAGGAGGAGAAAUUGAGCAAGUCAAGAGUGGAGUGCUUCCUUUUGAGUGGAGGAAUAAAAGUCUGGCACAGAUUCUGAAGAUUGUUCUCAAAAAGCUCUUGAUUGUUUGCUUUGCCUCCUUUGUAUGCAGCCAGACCCUGGUUGAACCCAGCUGAAUAAAAAGUCGAUUUGUCAGCCUCUGAAAUGUG